AGAGAGAGAGAGAGAGAGAGAGAGAGAAGGAAAAGAGAGAAGGUGAGAAAGAAAAAAAAGCGUACAAGAUGGAAAAUGUAAACAAUAGUGCUUCAAAGACAAUAAUUCUCGUCAUUGAGCAAACAAACUUUCCAUCAGCUGUGAAAAGUUAGAUACAGCGCGAUGAUUUAAUCGCUGCCUAUUUCUGUUAAUUGAUAAAGUAAAAUUUAUCAUUGAAAAUUUCUUAUCAGCAGGCCGACGUCUUUUUCGAAAAGGAAGUUGCGAUCUUUGACCAAUUGAGUGAAAAUGGUCUCUAUCUAAUGAGACGAUCAUUGAAAUAUUAGUAAAAUAUCUCGUUACUAAAUGUUUAGACCAUAUUUUACGAUCGAUUGUUAUUGAAUCGAUUUAAGAUAAAGGAGUGGAAGCUAAGUGGAAUUUAUAGAUUCUUGCCACGCUUCGUGAAAAUUGUCGAUAAUUAUGAGGGACAAGUUCACAUUCAGCUCGGGGGUGCCGGACAUGCACGAGACCCUGUCUAGCUUCCCGGAACAGUUUGGGGAUGGCCCGAGAAAACCGGAAAUAAAGCCGGAAAUUCCGAAGGAGACGGAUAGAACCGCGGACAAUCUGAAAUGCGGUUGGUUCUGGUUCAGGCCAAUUUAUUUGCAGAAAUUUCGCACUGCGAAAUGGGCGCUCUUCUGGCUGUGUUGGGCUGGGGCGAUGCAAGGAAUGGUCGUGAAUGGUUUUGUAAAUGUCGUUAUAACGACGAUAGAGAGGAGAUUUGGAUUAAAAUCGUCGGAGACUGGCUUGAUAGCGGGUGGAUACGAUAUAGCUAGUUUUCUUCUUCUCAUACCAGUAAGCUAUCUUGGUGGCCGUGCGAAAGCGUCGAAACCAAGGUAUAUCGGCAUAGGGGUUCUAGUCUUAGGUAUAGGUAGCCUGCUGUUUGCAUCUCCGCAUUAUCUUGCCGGACCGUAUAGAGGAGGUCAGCAAACAGACAACAUAUGCCAAAGUGUCACUAAUAUAUCGAGCCAUUCGAUAUCCUGCACGGAUCAAUCUACCGUUCAAGCGGACCUAGAGCCUUACAGUGGCGUGUACUUAACCAUAUUUCUGGUAGCUCAGCUGUUACAUGGCGCCGGUGCGGCACCCUUUUAUACGCUCGGGGUUACAUAUUUAGAUGAAAAUGUUUCGAAGAAGAUGUCUUCGGUGUAUCUUGGUGUUUAUUAUACUAUGGCUAUAAUAGGACCCGCGCUAGGCUACGUUGUCGGUGGCGAACUAUUGAAAAUUUACACAGACUUUCUCACAGUGGACUCCUCGACGAUUGGGUUAACUUCUGAUAGUAAUGUCUGGGUUGGUGCAUGGUGGAUCGGUUUUUUGGCAGCUGCUGUCAUAUGCUUCGUCAUCGCGAUACCAGUUUUGGCGUUUCCGGCAGUUUUACCCGGAUCGGAGGAAUUAGCUAAGGAUAGGGUGUCAGAAGCGCACGAGAAAUCGACUCGAUCUUCUACCGCGGCAACGGGGGAAGCGUUUUCGAAGAUACGAGAGCUGCCACGUGCUAUGACCGAAUUACUUGGAAAUCCGGCAUUUUUUAUGCUGAACUUGGCAGGUGCCAGUGAAGGGUUGCUCAUCGCCGGAUUUGCUGCUUUUCUACCGAAACUGAUUGAAAAUCAAUUCAGCGUCAGUGCCAGUUCGGCCGCGUUGCUGAUGGGAUUGGUGACUGUACCAGCCGGAGGCGGCGGUACAUUUCUCGGUGGUUACCUGAUAAAACGCUUCAAUUUGCCCUGCUCUGGCAUUUUAAAAUUUUGUUUACUGGCUACAGCCGCCUGCAUCGCUUUCACGCUGUGUUUCGCUUUAAAUUGCCCGAAUUUGGAUUUCGCUGGAUUGACUGUGCCCUAUCAAAACAUCACGAGAAGGAUCGCGUUGUCUCUCGAAAACACUUGCAACAAUGGUUGCGGAUGUUCUAGAUUGCAAUUUAACCCUAUAUGCGGCGUGGAUGGAGUCACGUACUAUUCACCCUGUCACGCUGGAUGUUAUCGGGAAACACCGAUAAACAAUGUCAAAAUAUACUCGGAUUGCAGCUGCAUACACGCAUCAGCGAUGAAUUUGACGAGCGAAGAUACCGGCGACGUCGUCCAGUACCAAGCUGUCAAUACCACCUGCGGAAGUUCAUGCUCGUACCUGUGGCUGUUCAUCGUCCUGGCAUUUUGUAAUAUGUUCAUGACGUUCCUAUGCACGAUGCCAGCGCUCUCGUCCACCCUGAGAGUCGUGCGCGACGAUCAACGAUCAUUCGCUUUAGGCAUACAGUGGAUCAAAGUUCGGAUUUUAGGAACUAUACCGGCACCAAUGGUAUUCGGUGCUCUUAUAGACGAUACCUGUAUCUUGUGGAACGAAACGUGCGACGACAGAGGGGCGUGCCUCGUAUACGAUAACUAUUACAUGAGCAGGUAUAUGCUAGCGCUGGCGUUCAUCGGAAAAGCGGCUUCGCUUCUUUUCUUCUUUUUGGCAUGGUGGACGUACGUUCCACCCAGCACCAGAGGCAUCGAUCAGAAUUCUCGGCAGCAAACGACGGCUACUUUAAUGCUAAGUGACACGUCUCAAGAAGUUGAAAUAGUACCGGCUACGAUAGCGUAAUCUCGGAUUAUUUUAUUUUUCUUAUUUAGAAAGUUAUUCUUUUUAGAACGGUUAUUUUAUAGAUAGAAUAGUAGAAAUAUCCGCGGAUUAUACACGGUUAGACAAAUGUCC